AUGGCAUACGUUUUGACAGAAACCUCUGCCGGUUAUGCCCUUUUGAAGGCUUCUGACAAGAAGAUCUACAAGUCCUCGUCUCUGAUCCAGGACCUAAAUAGCUCAGACAAAGUGUUGAAGCAGUUCAAGGUUGCUGCUUUUUCGAAGUUUGGGUCUGCAGCUGAGGCUCUACAAGAAGCCAACAGCAUUGUUGAAGGUAAAGUAUCGAACCAAUUGCAAAAACUAUUGGAUGAGAGCAAGGCUGACAAGAAGGCUACUCUGGUGGUUUCUGAGACCAAAUUGGCCAACGCCAUCAACAAAUUGGGUCUGAACUUCAACGUUGUGUCCGAUGCAGUCACUUUGGACAUUUUCAGAGCCGUCAAGGAAUACUUGCCCGAGCUUCUACCUGGCAUGAACGACUCUGACAUGUCCAAGAUGUCUUUGGGUCUUGCCCACUCGAUCGGCCGUCACAAGCUUAAGUUCUCUGCCGACAAGGUCGACGUCAUGAUCAUCCAAGCCAUUGCGCUUCUUGACGACUUGGACAAAGAGCUCAACACCUACGCUAUGAGAUGUAAGGAGUGGUACGGCUGGCAUUUCCCGGAAUUGGCCAAGAUUGUGACCGAUUCCGUUGCUUACGCUCGUCUGAUUUUGGCCAUGGGUGUCAGAUCCAACUGUGCUGAGACAGACCUCACCGAAAUCCUUCCAGAAGAGAUUGAAGAGCGUGUUAAAGCUGCUGCCGAAAUUUCCAUGGGUACCGAAAUCACCCCCGUGGAUUUGGACAACAUCAAGUGUCUAGCCACUCAGAUCACCGAGUUUGCUGCCUACAGAGAACAGCUUUCCAACUACCUAUCUGCUAGAAUGAAGGCUAUUGCACCAAAUUUGACACAGCUUGUCGGAGAGUUGGUUGGUGCUAGAUUGAUUGCCCACUCUGGUUCUCUUAUUUCCCUCGCCAAGUCCCCUGCUUCUACGAUUCAAAUUCUAGGUGCGGAGAAGGCUUUGUUCAGAGCUCUAAAGACCAAGCACGACACACCUAAGUACGGUCUGCUGUACCACGCAUCCUUGGUGGGACAAGCCACUGGUAAGAACAAGGGUAAGAUUGCUAGAGUACUAGCUGCUAAGGCUGCCGUUUCUCUACGUUACGAUGCUCUAGCCGAAGACAGAGACGACUCCGGCGACGUUGGUUUGGAAGCCAGAUCGAAGGUAGAGAGCAGACUGUCGCAAAUCGAGGGCAGAGACUUGAGAACCACUCCUAAGGUGGUUCGUGAGGCCAAGAAGGUAGAAAUUACCGAAGCCAGAGCUUACAAUGCUGAUGCCGACACCGCCACUGAUGCAGCUCAGGCAUCUGUUGACUCCGACGAAGAAGACUCCGAUGCUGAGGUCGACACCGAAGUAAAGGAGAAGAAGGAGAAGAAGGACAAGAAGGACAAGAAGGAAAAGAAGGAAAAGAAGGACAAGAAGAGAAAGAGAGACGAUGAGGCCGAAGACAAGGAGUCCAAAAAGUCCAAAAAAGACAAAAAGGACAAGAAGGACAAGAAGGACAAAAAGGACAAGAAGUCCAAAAAGGACAAGAAAUAG